AUGGACUGUUGCCGCUCGCUCGAGCAGAGCGCCAAUUAUUGGUCCUCAACCCACCAAGCAUCAUUCAUCUUCAACGGACCAUCCCAUCACCUUGUUUCCAUCGAAUUAAUCAUGAGCGAUAACGAACGCGGCGCGGCUGGUGAUGAGGUAGGUUUACCUCGGGCUACCGUUAAUAAACUCAUUUCAGAGAUUCUACCGGAAGAUGUAAUUUGUUCGAAGGAUACCAAGGACUUGGUCGCCGAAUGCUGUAAAGAAUUUAUCACCCUGAUUUCUUCGGAAGCCAAUGAGAUUUGCGAAAAGGACGCGAAAAAAACUAUUUCUCCCGAGCACAUCACAUCUGCACUCAAACAACUUGGAUUUGAUGAUUUUAUAGAUGAAGUCGAAGAUAUUAACCGGGUUCACAAAGCACAAGCCAAAAAAGACAACCAGAAGAGAAAGAAUAAGCUCGAUCAAUCUGCGUUCACACAGGACGAACUUGCUGCACAACAAGAACUGUUAUUUGCAGCAAGCAAGGCUAGGUUUGAUGCCGGUCAAUCUUAA